UAGUACAGACCAGUAAAUAAAUACCUACUAAACAGUCAACAUGAAAGGAAAAUAAACAUUGAAAAUAAAUUGUUAUAAACAUAAAUCAAGAAAUUGUAACGUUAAGUAUGUAUGCAAUUGAAAAAUCGGAAUAUUUCACUGAAGCGAAUUAGAGAAGUAUUCUAAAUAUAACCUGUGUUACAAAAAAGGUAAGGAAAUAUCUUGUGGAACUAUGAAUUUAUCGUCGUUUGGACUACAAAACAUAAUCGCAUCACGCGAACGAUGUAUGGCGAAUUUGAAGAAGUUUCGUGCGCCCUUAUUGAAUAAAACAGGAAAGCCACGGCCUGCGACCGCUGCUGUUUUAAUACCCUUGUGCAAUGUUAAUGAUCGGACUUCUAUACUUUAUACAGUAAGAGCAACGAACUUGAGAAGUGACAGUGGACACGUAUCAUUCCCUGGUGGUAAAACUGAUGGAUGCGAGUCCCCCAUCGACACAGCAUUACGAGAAACUAAAGAAGAAAUAGGUUUGUCGCCAAAAAGAAUCGAUGUAUGGGGUUGUGGAGAUGCAGUACCAGGCAGAAAAAACAAAAUAAUCAUCUCGCCUGUAAUAGGUUUUAUUCCAGACCUACAAGAAUCGGACUUGUGUGUAAACAGGAAUGAAGUAAGCGAAGUAUUUGCGGCUCCUUUGGACAUGCUGUGUGACUCUCAAAAUCAUUUUUACACCCAAUUUAAAAAUGGAUAUAUCCUACCGGUGUAUGUUGUUGAAGAAUUUAAGAUUUGGGGUGUCACAGCCUAUAUGACUCACAUAUUUUUGAGUUGCUUACUGUCAAAGGAUGUUUAUAGAAAUGACUGGAUGAGGAAGAAAAUUGUUAUUAAAUAAAAAUAAGUUUUAGGUUAUAUAAGGUUAUAGGUAUACAAAUACUGACUUAUCCAUCUAAUCCUGUAAUGUCCACUAUGGUUCAUGAUCAUGUGUUUAUAUCCUGUACAAUGUACACAAGCUACAAGCAAGUCGUUUUUUUUUUAUUAUUAACAGUUUUAACCAGGGUAGGCAUAAAACAGCAAGAUAGCAUAAAAUUUAAAAGUUCUAUCAAAUUUGUAUGAAAUUUUAGGGUAGACAGUGCAUUUACGCAUAUAUGAAGUCAAUCAUGCCUGUUAGAAAGCAACAAUGAGGUCUACGUUGGAGCACGCCUAGAAAAUGCCCAUUCACUCUUGCCUGGAAGGUACUCAAGUUAUAUGUGGCAGGAAACACAAUUGCUAGGAGAGUGUUUCUCAUCCUAGCGGUGUCAGAAGCAUAGAUAAAAAACGUUACUUGUAUGUUGAUUGAAUAUCAACCACAUAUUGAUGCCACUGCUGACAGUGGCUUGGUGUUAUGUGGAACAGGGAUGGGAUGAUGUUUGGGAAUGUUUCUUAAUCAGAAUAAAGACUUAGGGGUGUGUGAACAGUGGCGUGCACUUCAUACGUGCACAAAAGCACUGCAUCCUAAAAUUGAAACAUAGCUUGUAUAGGAGUAUUCUUUCUGUUUAAUGUAAUUUUUCUUCCGCAUGCAUACCCUGGUAAGAAACCCAGUGCACGCCACUGUGUGUGAAUGAGUAUAUUUUAAGCAGUAUUUUAAAACAACAGUUAAUAUAAAAAGUAUGUGAGCUUCAAGCCUGAUGUGCACAAUGUGUGUAUCCUAAAUCUUAUCUAUUUAGAUACUAUUUGAGUGAAAGUAAAUUACUUUGGCAAUGUUAGAGAGGUACUUUGAUAAAUAAUGACCUGCUAUCUUGAUGCACACACUUGGUGAUAUGCUAGUGAUAGAAAAUUGGUUGGUCUUUUGUUUACAGACUUUUCAUAAGCAUAAUGUACUGUUUUUAUAAAAAUGUCUUACUCAAACUGUCUCUGUAAAGGAAGUACUCUGUGUAUGUAUAUUAUUAAAUGUAAAUAAUUUAUAACAAAUAUUUUAUAUUGAAACUGUUAGAGAAACCCCAUUGUUAUAUUUGUAUAAAGUUUAUUUGAAAGUACAAAAGCUACAUAAUAUCACAAGCAUAGUUUGAUUUUUACUAUAAUUUUAAUAACAGGCCCAUAAAAUAUAACAUAUCCACAGAAUUGAGAACAUAAAAAACUUCAUUAUUGCAUGCAGUGCAUUGUGAUCAAACACUUCACAACUAUGGAAUGUUGCUAACUCAUAUUAUGGUAAACGCUUAGAACAUUAGAGGUAAAAAAAUUACUGUCAACUGCUAAAUGGAAUGAAGCAUCUCUUCAAGAAACACUACUAAAGUGGAGUGGUUUUUGAUGCUUGAUAUUAGUGGUGUACACAGAUUCUGUAUGUUCUUAAUUCUGUGAACAUAUCAAUGCAAAUCAAGGUUAAAGGUUUAUAUAUCUUAUUUAAUAAAUUGACUUGCAGUUGUAUAAAAUAAAAAUACUGCUCUUUUAGAUAAAUUAAGAUUGAAAGUCAAACUUGACACUUUAUUAAAUUUUAGGUAUAAUUAUACUGACGAUAAAACGUUAUUUGUUAUUUAAAACAACCAUUUUGAGCUUUCGAGGAAAGCAAGAAAUAAGAUAACAUUAAAAUAAGAAAAUAACUUAAAAAUUUGUUUUGAUCAUUUCAGCACAAUGAUGAAUGAUGUAUGCAAUUCCAAUUAAAAUGUGGCUUAAAAAAAAACAAAUAGCUUAAUAUCAUAGUUAUUAUA